AUGGAGCCGGAGACCCGGACCUUGAGCGCCGCGGUCCGGGAGCACCUGCGACAAUUGUGUCUGCACGAGUUCCCGUGCGGCACCGGCAGCUGGAAUAAGUCACGAUUUCUUCCUCAAACUAGCCGAGCAUGGCGGGAGCUGAUCCCCAGAGAGGAGAAGGCCCUGAGCCCUGGGGAGGAGACGGCAGAGGAUCUGCUGGGCCUAGUCCGCAGCGCCCACUCACCCUGGGCUCUGGUGGAGGGCUCAAGCGCAGAGGACCUUUUCCUGAAAGAGCUGGCCAUCCAGAAUCCACUGAUGCUCAAAGACAGCUUCUUCUACACCUACUUCAGGUCACUCCGGGUGGUGGACAAGGAUGUGAGCCUGGUGGACAAAGAGCUCCUGAAGUUUGUGAAGCUUGAAGAGUUGGUGCUGAGUGCUAAUCAAAUCAAGGAGAUUGACACCACCAACCUGCCCCCAACUCUCAAGGUCCUGGAACUGUACGGCAACAAGAUAACCAGCAUGGAGUGUCUGUGCCAUCACCCGCCCCCACGGCUCCAGCACUUGGGGCUGGGCCACAACAACCUCCUGGGCCACCUGGAGAGUCUGCAUGUCACCAGUGACCACUGGCCCAACCUCGUCUCCCUGGACCUGAGCUUCAACAACCUGACGGACCUGCACAGCAUGGUGGCCGGCCUGCAGACACUGCAGCACCUGAGGCUGCUGCUCCUCCAGGGCAAUCCACUGGCCCUGGUGCCCCACUACCGGGGCUUCACCAUCGACAGCCUGGCCAGGCUCUGCGUGCUGGAUGACAUCACCGUGGCGUCCAGCGAGAAGCAUCUCUUCCGGGGGCUCAGCCACAGCGAGGAUCUCCUGGCGCCUGAGGCGCAGAUAUUGGUGACUGUUGGAAACCUCCGAGGGGUGCUGGACUCCUCUGUCUUGGACCCAGAACCAGGGCCCCAAGGCCCUUUCAUCACUUACAAUUACUAUGUGACGUACGAUUUUGUAGAAGACGAAGAAGGCGAGGGAAGCCAAUACGGCGGAGUCCUGGCCGAGAUCAUCAAGCCCCCUUCCAGCUUGGAACAGCUGGGUGAGGACAUUCUGGAGGAAAUCAUCGAAGACAUAGAAGAGUCCUUGGAAUCAGGGCUGGCCUCCCUGUCCGAGUUGGGGGAGAUGGAGGAGUCCAUUGUCUCUGGCGCUUCCGAGCCGUUGCCACGGUCCAUAGGCUCUGCAGAAGAGCUGGCCAAGCUGCGGCCGCUCCUGGAUCCCCGGCUCUGCCCAUCCCCGGGGACAGUGCUCUUCAGCACGGUCCCCAAGCCCUGGUCUGACGUCAUCCCCUGCAACUACGAGCUGCAGCACACGCUGAAGGACCUGGCGCCGCUCAAGGCCUUCCUGCUCUCAGGGACCACGGUCACCAUCGUGGAGGAGAAGAUUCUCUCCUGGCCUGUGGAGCAGCCGCCUUCCUCAGACAGUCCCUUGGCUGCUAAGAAGGGCAAAGGAGAGAAGGACAAGAAGGAGAAGGAGAAAGACAAGAAAGACAAGAAGGGCAAAGACAAGGCAGACAAAGGGGAGAAAGAACCCCCCAAGGCGCAAAAGGGGAGCAAGAAGCAGAAGGAGCUUCCUAAGGAGAUGCACCAGGACCCGCCCAUCCUGCGGGUGCUGGGCAGCAGCCCAGUGGUGCUAGAGGCCCUGCUGGCGGGGGAGUCGUUCGUGUCUACCGUGUGCAACUUUGGGGUGAUCCGGACCUUGGAAGCUGACCGGCUGACACUUAACAGGGAUGCAAAGAAGAAUAAGAAAGGUAAAAAAGACGUAAAAUCUUUGGUUUCAGUGUUCGAGAGUGACUAUCAGCCCGAGCCCUUGACGGUGGAGAUUCAGAUCCAGCUGAUCCAGUGGCGCUCGACGGAGGAGGCGCUCCGGGGCCUCGUCAUAUAG